AUGCUCCUCUCCGAUCUCAUAAACCAAUAUUCAACUACUCAAGAUCAUGAUCUGAGAUAUAUGGCUUUGCGAGAGCAUGUGUUGAAUUUCAAUGAACCUUGGGAUGAGCAGGAACUUAGAGAACUAGUAUCACGUGUGCUCAUUCCUGCUCUGGGAGAUCAAGACAGGGCUAUUGCGGAACUUGUUUCAACUCAAAUAUUUCCUUUUGUUGCUCGCAUGCAUCCUCUAGAAGCAGAGUCGUGUCUUGUUUUGCCUUUAUGCCGCAAGUUGUGCGAUUUAGUCACCCAUAUGCAAGACGGUCCUCAAGUUUUGCAGUCCUUGAAGAACGUGCUAUCCGAGCUGAAAACCAAAUUGCAAACUCCCGAACCUCUUCAGAUGUAUUGUGAGUCCAUGUUUUCAAUGCCUGAGAGACCUUACAUGGCAUGGGAAGCAUUGGCAUCGCUUUUACAAGAAUCGUCGACAUAUCACAUGAUUCAAGAUUUAUAUCCUAAGCUCUACCGUCUGGCACUGGAUGAUGGGCGAUCUGCUGCCAUAAAUGCCGUGCGGAUUGCUACCGCAAAGACAUCACCAAAAAUAGUGCGUUCGGUUUUUCAAGAGAACGCUCUAUUAACCGACGCUCACCUAAAAUUACUUUCUCAAAUUACGCGAGUACAGGCAGCAUUUCGAUUCAUUUACCUCGACAUUAUUGACAAACUCCUGUGCGAAACAUUCACCGAGUCAGUUUGUUCAACGUUGGUAAACCUUUCAGUCUGGCUGCUUGAACCAGCCAUAGGUACGGAUUCAAAUAUGAAAUCUAAAACGAGCGCCAAGUUGUUUGAGAGAUGUCGCGAAGUUCUGCUCGGCACUGCCGAAUCCAAGGAAAUGGUAUCCGAUGAAGAAGAAGAUCCUGAUCAAGAUGCUUAUCUGCGAGAACUCUCCGACGAAGAUGCCGAAAAAGAAAUCGAGUUUGAAGUAGAAGACGACGUUGCCUCUGCAGACCAACUAUGCCUAGAACUACUGCGAAAUGUUCUAUUGCCGAUCCCUGAAGCAAUAAUAGAUACUCUUACUUUGCCAUGUUUCGAUGGAGAAAUGCUUUUCUCACUCAUUCGGGAUGGAAGAGUCGACAGCAGGUACGCGGCGCGCAAACUUCCUCACGAUGUUGACGAGUCAAUUAUACAAUUCAUGCCUUUAGAGUAUCUGAACAUGCUUCCUAAGACCUCCUUGAUUGAUAGGCGCAUAGAAUUCCUCUCCGGUGCCUCGCUUUUACACCCUUCUUCGAACCUGAGCGAUGUGGCUGAAAUACUCAAGGAGGAAUGCCAUAUCAAUGAAGCUACUAAGCUUGAACUCAUUGAGCUGUUGAAAAAAGGUCUAGAUCCCGGAGUCGCAAAUCUUUCGGACUUAGAGCUCGCCGUUGAUGCUGUCUCUGCUCUUUUGAAACUUCGAGACCUUCAAGAUUUACAAGAUGUCGUUGCACAACUGCUAUGGCCACACUUAAAGCCCAAUAAAAUGUUUAUCAGAACUAUAAAGGUUGGAAACAUGAAACAGUCUAUCGACGACGGAAUAUCAUUCAGACUGAACUGUUACACUCUACUUCAACAAUUGGAGCUUUCGUACAAGUUCAAAUGCUUGACACUCCAAGAAUGCGUCGAACGAGGGUUUAAGGAUGAAUUUACAAUAAAGGAAGCUUCUACAGAGCUGUUCAACUACAUUUUUGAGCGCACUUGGCCCGAGAUUCGAAUUCGUGAUGCUUCUUGGUUUCUCGAAAAAUUAUGCCCCAGAGUCCAAGACAGAGUAGAUAAAGCUCUUGCCGCCAAGCCCAACGGUACAGCAACGUCUCAACAGAUUGCACACUGGCUUAGAAGCAUCGCUUGUCUUGAAAGCACCGGAUUGAUGUUAAGUGAUACAUACAGAGUCAUAACCAACGACUUACUUGAUGAGUACCCUUAA